CCCUUUUCAGACAUGAGCCCUCUGGGUUCGCCCCCUCCAGGCCCAAUGCAGCUCCCUCAUCAGGCCUCACCCACCAACCGAGUGACCAGACUAUUGUUGCCAUGGAGACUGUGGGCGUUCUGGUCGCCCCGGUGACCGUCACCUCUUCUCCCAGCCUGGGUUCUAAAGGCGUCAGUCAAGGCCCUCCCCUAUCGGCCCUAAACCACAACUGCCCCUUCCUGCCCUUCCCCAAGUCGGAUCCAAGGAGCGCCUUUGCGAAGUUCUGCAGAUGCCCAAAUCCUCUCCCCAAAUAGUUCCAGGCCAGACCGUUCACCGCUCAGCACCUGCAGGCCUGGCUCAUUCACACUUGAGUCUCCCCAGGCCUCAGCUCUCCCCUUCCGGUCCUAAGGCAAGAGCCUGACCCAAGGACUUGCAACAACCAAGCCAAAGGCCCUGGAGUCCCAACCUAAUGAAGCCUGUACCCUGUUCUACCACUAGAUGGAAGCAGACGAGGCCACAGAAGAGACUCAUACCACCAUGGAUGCAGAACUGCACCCCUCUUCAAAAGACCCCCCUGUUGAAGAUUUACAGGCGCCCCCCUUGGAACCGUCCACCCCUGAGGCUGCUUUAGAGCCUCAGGCCUCUCAAGACAUUUUUGUGCCAUCCCCUGCCCAGACCCCCUUAGGGUCACAUAACUCUGAGUCCCCUUCGGUGCCAUCCCCUGCCCAGACCCCCUUGGAGCCCCAUGCUUCUGAAUCUCCCUUGGAGCCUGCCAUCUCUCACAUCUCUUUACAACAGGCCAUCUCUGAGGCCCCUUUGAAGACCCCGACCUCUGAGACCCUACUGGAGACUCCCAUCUCCAAAGUCCCAGAUAAACACCUUUCUUUUCAGCCCUCAUCAGUCAUUCAUGUCUCUGGGUCUUCCUCUGAGGUUUUGAAGGAAGGUUCCCUCUCUGAGCCUUCUUCCAGUGAGAUCUCACGAACAAGGAGGGCCACCCAGGUCCCUGAAGUUGAGCACCUUCCAAAGCACUCCCUUCCGGGCCCUUCAGCCCAUUUCUACACAGUCACAUCUGCAAAGCAGAAGGAUGAUGCCGAAGAAGAUGAGGAGGGAGAGGAAACCAGCGACGCCACUGCUCACACAGCCCUGCCUGGACACCAGACGGGCAAGAAGAAGGCAAAGAAAGAAGUUAUCUGCCACCCUGUGGACCCUGCUAAUCAGGCAGAGUCGGUGGAAGCAGCUAAGACAAUGCACAGAGAGCAAUUUGGUACUCAGGUGAACUAUGUUUUCCAAUGGGAGAAGAAUGCAGCCCUGAAUGCCAUCCAGUCAGUGCCUCCCCAUCUAGGUCUGUACGUUGGCUGGCGCUGCCCCCAUUACCUAUGGGACUGUUUCCGGAUUAGGGAUGAAUCCAAGUGCUUUUGUGGCCACCUGCUGAGAGAGCAUCAUGUCAUCUCAGACAUUUCUGUGCCCUGCCGCGUGAGCCAGUGCCGCUGCCUCAUGUUCUGCUUUAUCCCAUCACGCCCAGAGGAGGUGGGUGAGUUCUGGCUCAAGAGACGGGCCACCUUUGACCCCAAGGCCUGGAGGGCCCAGUGUCGCUGCAAACACAGCCACGAAGACCACGCAGCCACCAGGUCCCAUCCCUGCAGACAUCCUGGCUGUUGCUGCAACUGUUUUGAGUCUAAUUUCCUCUGUGCGGCCUGUGACCGGCGCUGGGAGGAACACGAGACCUUCUUUGAGACUGAGGAGACCCGGCGGCGAGGAGGGAGACCUCAUGGGACACACACUGUCAGCAACUGGCGCAGGCCGAUGUGAGCCUGGCCCAGACCAGCAAUAAAGGGGAACCACUGGAAUCUGA